AUGGUUCAAAAAGCACUCGACAGAGCGGUGGUUAGACAUUUCGUGAGGAAAGGCUAUAAAGAAUUAAAAACCGCUUCACCAAAGACAAUAACAGAAACGGAUAGACCCGGAAGAGGAAAACUCGUCAAAUUUGAAUCAAGUGAUCAAAUUUCUUUGAAACAAGCGUUUAACUUUAUGCGCUAUUACCCCGUUCUAUACGAGCAAGAAACUGAAUACGCCACAGAAUUCGAAAUACCAAUUGGAGAACAAAUUGAAAAAUUUAAGUUCAAAAAUAAAGAGGACGGGACGUUUUCACUAGAAGUUGUACGUGAAGGAGGGAGUGUUGAAAUAGAUCUGUCUAAUCUUCAGGAGACAGUUAAAUUUCUUUCUGACACCACAUCGAAGCAUCCCUUUGUAAUUGAAACGAUAACAGAUGCCUUUUUAAAGGCAUUAGAUGAGCGAUUAAGCAGUCAGCCAGAUUUUAAGACAGAAUUACAAAAUCGUGAUCCAAAAGGUACAGUAACCCCGCAGGAGAUGGAGAAGGCUUUUCAAGCAGGCAGAGAACUUUUGGCUGCAAUUGUCAUAAAAAGGCUCACUUUAGAGGAAUUAAAUCCUCCCGAAUGGCUUCAGAAGACAAACGAAGGUAUUGGUUUGAAAAUGCAGCAGGUUAGAGAAAAGCAAAGCAACGAGAUUGCGGAUGAAGAAGAAACGAAACUAAAAUUUGAGUUCACCCAGAGCAUGCUUAAAACUAGUACGGAGGCUGUUGAGGAAUGGGAAAAUUUGAAGACUCAAAAGGUUAUAAUCGAAGAAAAUGAAAUGGGAACGGAUAAAAAGGAAUAUUUAAAGGUGACAAUCCACGAAACCGAUAAGGUAUCCCUUAGAGAAAUAUUUAAACUACUACAAUUUUAUCCUGAAUUGUACAAAAGCCAGAGAGGAAAACAAACAAGAUUCGAAGUCCAAAUUGGGGGAAAAACAAGGAGAUUCCGUUUGAGUAAAGCACCUUUGGGUGUAAACCAAGUGUUGGUUUAUACUGCCAAUGAUGAUUGGCCUGGCACUACGAAAAGAGGCACAAGAGGUAAUCUGUGGGCACCUGAUUACGAUACUAUGGUAGACGAAGUUCUUGCUAAAUUUCCUGACCAUGAGAAGCUAGCCAAAGCUAUGCUCAAUGCCGUCGACAGCAAACUCAACAGUCAACCUGAUUUCUCAGCAGAUCUGAAAAUUCCGGGGGAAAGCACAGAUCGACAGUCUGCUGACACUGUUCGAGCUACCGUAGAAUUUAUGAUCAUUUCCAUGGUUGCAGAGGCGGCUCAACCUACCGAUGAGUUUAAAGACACCUUCUUUACAGAGCUAGAAAAAACGAUAGAGGAACAAAAGAGAUUCCCAGAAAGUAAAGAUAUUCCUAAACUUGCUGACUUAAAAGGAAAAGCUGGGCGAAGUCCAUCAAUGGACGAUGUUGUCGAAGGCAUGCUCAAAAACGUUGGACCUGGUAGUAAAAUAGAUAAAGUGUUUAGCGAACAAAAUUUCCCAGUAAGAAAGAAAGGUGGAACGCAGGAAGGGCGAAAACUGAUACAUGCAAAAGGAAGUGAACUAGUUCCUUCACAUCUUAUUCGCCAACGUUCCGCUGAAGAACACGAUUUAAGUCUUCUCGACAACAAAGUCGAAGAAGAGUGCACACGGCGUCGAAGAAAACGCAAUGCUUGCUCACUAAAGAAUAGAAAUUCUGCUACUAUUGAUGAGAAGUCUAUCAAAAUUACUGAGGACCGGGUUGAGUUUGACGUUGUAGACCGUCGUGAUGCAAACCAACGACAGCAUGUUCAGUUGCAAAUAAGCCCUGAAGAGUUGGCUACUCCCAAACUUAUUAAAGACAACCUAUCAAAUUCUCGACGAGCUGGUAUGAGUGAGACCUACGCCAAGAUAAAUAGAGGUUUAGCAGUUCAUGGUCUGAUAUUCUCCGUUCUUGCCGCUGGAAGAUACUUUGAGGAAGGUGAAAACUUUAGAGGUGCCAUGACUGUCGCCCAGUCCGCUCACACAGUUGGAGGUAUAACUGGUCUCAAUGAGAUAGCCUCUAAAGUUGGUCAGCGAGUGCUAGGUAGUGCAGCUAAAGGGUUGGCGAAAGGCCUAAACUUAGAGAAAGGAUUGGAGAGGUUAUCCACUAAGGUGGAAAGGUUCGCAGAGAGGGGAGUUGGACAGUUGCUUGGUGCAGUUCCCGGGGUAGGACUUGCAUUUGAUAUCUACUUUAUUGAACAGGACAUAGAAGAGUUGGCCAACUUAGAUCUUAAUAACCCUGAGGACCUCAAACUGUUGCCUCUUCGUGUAAUAGAUUUAACACUGGACGUGAGCACGACGGUACUGAACCUGGUAGGAACAUUUUGUCCUUUAGCAGAAGUUGUUACUGAGCCUCUUGUGAUUGUUCUGUCAAUAAUACGAAUGGCUAUUGAUGAUUUCUAUAUUGAUAUUAUGGCGGAGAUAGAGAAGAUUAAUUGGAAAAGCCCAUGGGCCGGAUUGGAGUUUCUUGGAGCUCUAGUAAAAGGUUUCCAGGAUGGAGCCGCAGAUUUCUUAACAGGUGGCUUAAGAAGGCAGAUGGAAUCCUAUAGAAAGCAGGAACAAAAUGACAAAAAGCUCAUUCAGGACCUGAAAAACCCAGAUAACUAUUACAAGAUUGUUGGGGAAAAAGAAGGGGGUGGGGAUACAAUUGAUUUCACACAAGGGAAACUUUCCAGUUUUGGCGGCUAUAUCAACUUCAGGCUUCAUGAUAAUAAUCGUGCUACUAUAGAAAUAGGGGAUGUCAGCGGCAGUCAUGAAACAAUACGCAAGACAUUUACAGUUGAUCCCAAUCUUACAGAUAUCGUGCUCGGAAUAGGGGAGGCCCGGACUUUCGAAUACAAGCAAGAAACCGCCAAGCUUUGGUUUGUUAUUCCAGUUAAGACAUACAAUGUCAUUUGUGGCGAAAGUCUCCACGGGAAAUCCGUUUACGGAACUUACUAUGGAAAUUCCAAGGACAAUACAUUUUAUGCCGUGCAAAAACCAAAGCCAACAACAAAACCACCUGGGAAAAAGGAAGGAGAAGAGGAAUGUAACUUUGGAAGUCUAAAUUUGAAGUUUGUUACUGGGAAUUACCAUUACAAUCUGUAUGGGCGGGGUGGCAAAGACACCUUUUACCUCGGACCGGAAAUGUCCUCUGUCACCGGAGGAUCAGGAAGUGACCUGUUCAUCAUCCAGUCAGAUGGCGGAAGAACAGUAAUUGAUAAUUUUGCUGAAGAUAACAUGCGCGACAUCAUUGUCAUCAACGUCAACUUUGAUAAUAUCCGAUGUCAUCAGAGUGGGGUUGAUCUUGACGUCACUUAUUCCAAGAGUCAUCACAUUCGUAUCAAGAACUGGUUUAUUCCAGGUGAUCCGACGUAUUACCGUCACGUCUCAUUUCGAAGCCAGGACGGGGUCAUUUUCGUCCCCAAACAAACACUAAAUAGUGGCCCGAUUCACACUGUUCAAUGCGUGGCGGUAGCUUUGGAUCUAGGCGCAGCAAAAACAGCUCAAACAGUAUCACUGCAUGAUAUUAAAUACAGUCAAGUGAAACAAGUAUCAGGAUCAGAAUACUCUGAUAUUAUUGUGGGUAAUGACGUCAAUAAUAUCCUGGAUGGAAGCCUUGGAGCUGACCACUUGUCCGGAGGAAAGGAUGAGGAUACCUAUAUCAUACGGGCAAAUGAAGGCCCCGAUGUUAUUGACAAUAACGCAGAUGAUUAUUUAAACACUACUGACGUUGCAGUAUUUGAUGUGCCCUUUGAAAUGAUAGAAGUUAAAACAAAGGGUACCAGCCUCUCUGUAUCAGAUAGGAACGAUGCAGAAACUUCGUGCUUUUCAAUAACAAAGUGGACCUUAGGAGAACAGUACAGACAUAUACUAUUUACCUCUAAAGAUCAUGUUGUCUUCAAAGUGUCUACAAGCGCCGACGGAACUGUAUCCAAAGUGCCAAUGAUGUUGGAUUUCAAAACGUCCGAAGUCGGAAUUUGUGUUGAUUUGUCAGAUUCAACGACGAAUCCCAAGUGCAUCAAACCAACUGGUUACAUCAACGUUGCCACAGUAUCCGAUUCCCCACAUAAUGACCACAUAGUAGGAAAUGCACAGACUAAUUUUUUAAGCUGCACUGGAGGAGAAGAUUAUCUUGAGGGUGGUGAAGGUACUGACAAUUAUGUCGUCAAGAAAACAUGCCAAAAAGCAACAAUCAACAAUUUUGACAGUCGCCACAAAGCAGAUUUAGUGUACCUAGAGGAAACGUUCCUGAACUUAGCCGUGCAAAAGGAUAGCAAAGAUUUGAAGGUUACCUCAAAGCACGUGACACCUACUUUGGUACUUCGCGAUUGGUUUAACUCAGCUGACUACCAACAUCUUGGAAUACGAACUAUUGAUGGAAUAACACUGAGAAUAAACGACAGUACAACGGUGAAACUUGAGCCAUAUGAAGUGUCCAAGGAUCCCACUGAAUGCCAAUGCACGCAGGAAAGCUGUGCGAAGGGGGUGAUAACAUAUAAUCUUGACGUUGAUCCUUGGAAAAGCAUGGUCCGUUUUGAAUUAAAAUCAAGUCACUGUAGUUACAAAAUCUAUGGUAACCAACUUAACAAUUACAUUGAUCCCGGUUCAGGCAAUGGUUAUAAUUAUCAGCACCUGGAAGGAAGGAAUGGAUCUGAUUCCUACGUAUUAAAUCACGGAUAUGGGGAGUUUAAUGAAGUCAACAACUAUGCAGAUGACGACAAAGUAGAUACGCUUCAGCUGGGAAUGGAUUUUGAAGAUAUCAAUGUUUAUUUCCAUGGCCCUAAUGACGCCAUUCUUGCAUCAAAGUCGCGACCUAGCUCCCUCAGUGUUCGAAUUCUGGAUUACUUCCGUGGUGUGAAGUAUCAGCAUCUUCAGAUUAUAUCUGCAGACAAAGUAAUCUUUAAUAUUAGCAAACAAUACCCGUACAAAAAGGUCAUCGCCGUCGACCGUAGAAUCGUCGAUUCACCGCAAAACAUCGAUCCUCAAAGGAAUGCUAUAAUCGCCGAAGCCGAAGAUUUGUUGGGAUCGCUUACCUCAACCAACAAUCUGACAGGUAGUAAUACAACAAAGCAAAUUGAAGGUGGUGCUCAGGCUGACGUUCUUAGUGGAGGAGAAACAGGAACAAUUAUUGAAGCAAGACAGGGUAACGACACCAUUUAUGGUGGGGCUGGUAAUGAUAUCAUUUUUGGUGGAGAUGGCGAUGACGUCAUCUAUGGUGACACUGGGGAUGACUACAUUUAUGCUGGAGACGGAUCAGACAUUAUUGAUGGUGGUAAUGGUAUUGAUACACUUGCGUUUAAAGGGGAUGGCUUUCUUCGCAAGGGAGUCACCGUUGAUCUCUAUAUUGGCUUUGGAAAAGGAGUUGAUGCCGAAGGAGAUAUCUAUAAGAGCGUCGAAAACGUAUAUGGAACCAUUCACAAUGAUCUUUUGACUGGAUCUGAUUUCGAUAACAAGCUCUAUGGAUUAGGAGGAGACGAUACACUGACUCCUCAUGGCGGGGUUGAUGAACUUGUUGGCGGAGAAGGAAAAGAUUUGUACUUACUCUAUAAGGCUUCUGGGUUAAAAAUAAUCGAUAACUACGCUGAUGAUGAAGUUGAAGAUACGCUUUCCUUGGUUCAUUUGAAUUCCACAGACGUGUGUAUUUUCUUAAUUGGAGACGAUUUACAUCUACAAAUUGAUAAAUCUAACCUGGGAUCCGUGAUUUUUGACGACGAUCCUUUAGCAGUGAUUAUCAGAAACUGGUAUGUGGAUGCAAAAUACAGACACCUUACAGUGCUAUUCAGUAACACUCUGUGGGAAGAUUUUGCUCUAUCCGCUGUCGCUGAAGAACUGGAGAUGCUCGGAAGUGGUACCAGCUUCAUCGAAGAAAAAACUGACUUGCAGGUUGUUUCUAGUAACGCCACGGACGUAAGGUUGUCGUGGAAGCCAACAGACAACGUUUUGGUAUAUUCAGAAACUAAGCUUUUUGUGGUACAUUUCAAACAGCUGGCACCAGAAACUUUGAAGGAAACUCAGGUUGAUCACCAAACAUCAUUUAGUGUUUCAUCUCUUGACCCAGCCUCCCACUACGUCUUCGCUUUGGCAUUAACUAAGUGCGACGCGACAGUUGCAGUUUCUCAGACGCUUUUAACCUACGGACGCGAAAGGUCAUGUCCCUCGGUAAAAGUUCCACACUCUGUUGUUAAAUACACUCCUUCUACCUCUGCAUCAGCCCCUCCUCAUGGCACAGUUGCUAGUGUAAAAUGUGAUGUCGGAUAUAACAUUUAUAACACCAACUCUGUAACGAAUACAACAUGCUUAGAUCAAGAAUGGAUCCCCUCCCUACCGGUUUGUGAGAAAAUUAAACAAUGCCCUGUCCCUACGAAGCCGACUAAUGGAUCAGUUUCAACAGAUGGACACGAAGAAGGAUCAAAAGCUUAUUUCGUUUGUCACAAAGGAUUCUUGCUGAAGGGAACAAAGGAGCGAACGUGCGUAAAUGGUGCUUGGGAUGGAGAAUUUCCUAAUUGUCAACUGCUAAGUUGCCCAAAACCGCCAGCUGUUGAGUAUGGAUCGUAUAUUCCCUGUGAUUAUAUCAAGCAUUCGAAGACGUAUGGAACAAUGGAUAGUCCCCUUGAAGGCUAUUGUGUUAAGCUUGAAUGUGCCAACUUAUACCUACCAAGUCAUGUGUUUCAUGGUAAAACGUACCGUCCUCGAUGGGAAAGUGACUGGGAGAUACCACAAGGCGGACGAGUGUGCAGCGAUGGAAAGUGGAUUGGUUAUGUGGAAGACAUCUGCGAACCCACUGCUAGGCUUACCAGUGUGGUGGCUCAGUGGAAUAAAAAAAGUGGAUUGCUUCAGCUAUGGCAUAGUGACUAUUGGAAAAAUGCUUCGUCUACCCCAUCACAAGACAUUUUACAUCUUUCCUGCAAAAGUGCAGGUAUAGACAAUCCUCAGCAAGUAACGCACAGCUCAACUAGCUCCCAAGUUCGAGUAGACUGCUCCAGGCUACGUUUGACGCAGCCGAAGCCAACCAUCUAUGAAGGGAAAGUUGAACAAUUAACUGACGAUGGUACUUGGGAGGGAAUAUGUGUCACAGAAAUUGGAACAACGGCAAGUCAGUUUGCAAGCACGGAGAUAUGCGAGUCACUUGGAUUUAACUACAAGUCUGCCGUUGUUGGCAUCAGCACUGGAUGGACAGACCACACACUAGUUUGUUCAUCGUAAGUAAAUAGUAACUGAUUAGUAAACUUUUGCAAGUGCAAGACAUAGUAAGACUUUCUUUUCUGAAACGAGUAAGGUAUUGAUAGAAAUUUAUUGAUUCUAGCGGGUAGUAAGUAUUUAGCUAUUUCGUCUUCGGAUAGCCGUGAAUGCCAUGUUCUUUUACAGUUCACUAAGAAAUAAACACCUAGGCUGCUAAGCCUGCCAAGGUUGAUCGAUCAUCAUAAUUUAUACCAUCGAUUUGAUGGAGUUAAUUUUGAAUUGCUCACAUCUUCCCAUUAUGUUUAGCGCCAGUUGGUUAUAAAGAAUUAGCUGGGGAAUCAGGAACGGUUAAAUUUUUUGAAUGAAUAAUAAAAUGCAUUACUAUCCACAUGUUGCAGUGAAACGAGCAUUUGUGAAUUAAUAGAAAGCAGACGACAGUGUAACACUAUGGUAAGAUGCAGGCAGAAGUGUACUAACAGUUUCCCAGUUCCUCAUGGUUAUACAGAAUGUACAGGUAGUUAUGAAGAUGACACAUGCACAGUUCAUUGUGACGACGAUUACAAACUUCAAGGUGACUCUAAGAUUUUUUGCAAAGGAGGUGUGUGGAAAAAUCAAGAUGCAAAGCCGGCUUCUUCCCAAUGUAAAGAUAUAGGUGUGUGUCAAUUAAUUUCUCAUGAGCAUAGUAAAUUCAUAGAUCGGUCUCACAUAACGGUGGUUACAAUGGUGUACCAAACCAAGGAAACGGCAGCCAUGUUGGUGUAACCGAAAAAUCAGUCCUGCGGGGGUUGAACCGUUCAUAUCACGUAGACGUUUUGUUUUGUUGCAAGAAAUUUGCAUUAACAGCUGGACACGCGUGUGAAAACGAGCUAUAUCACAUUCAGGAUAUCUUUAAAAAAUCCUCUUUUAAGCCUCUACCCUCUCAAAUAAGCUCCUUCUCUCUCAUAAGCCCCCCUCUGAUCUAUUCUACACCACCCUCUCCCCUCCUCUCCCCCUUAUUUUUCCUUUGCAAUCACCAAUAACUGAUAGACUGUAUUAAUCAAUCAGAGAAUCACGACUGUAAAACUUCGUGUGGAUUGAUCCAGGAUGAUUUAUUCACCAACUGGAAGUUCGAAAUUGUGUUAUUUUUGGUAUCUCGUCUAUAUGACCUUCAACUUCUUGUAGUUGAGCUUUUCUAGUUUAUAUUCUAGUUCGUAAGGAAGAACUGAUACCAUCUUCAAAAGUGUUUGAAAUAAUGAAGGCCCCGGAGGUCUUAAAAGAGGAUUUACGGUGACAAUCCGGUUACAAACUUGUUUACAGUCAUAUGUUACAAACAGAAUAGCUUAGGGAUACAGAUAAUAUAGUUUUAAAGAUGGCGAGUCUAAAAAGGAAUUGAUGUAUCGCCGCAUGAAUCCUGUUCAAGUGAUGGUUCACUUAUUAGCAGAUUUCAUCAGUUUGGUAUUGUUGAUAGUCGACAGGCCCGGAGAUAGUUUAAUAAAACCUCAUUAACAAAUGUCAUUUACAAGUGUACAUAUUUUUAAAGGGUCUGAAAAAAUAGGUACACUUGUAAAUUACACUUUUAAAAGUUUUAUUAAAUUGAACCCUGGUGAUUAAGUAUAACAGAAUGGUGUACACCGCCUUUCGCCCGAAACACAUUACUUGCGCGUCGUGAACAAUGUAUUAAUCAUUUGCAUAAAAACAAAAACGCGUGGCCACGAAAGACAUAGUUAUGUUUGAUUUCCCUGGUGGCAGGAAAUGCGUACAAGAAAUUAUAAACGAAAUCAUCUAAUUGAAAAUGAGAGACAUGAGUAAAAAGCUAAAGCAAGCUUAAGGUAGAGGUACAAUUUUUUUAUUUAUGAUGGAAGAAGUUCUAUUUUCUAUGUUGAAAGCGGAGACCCAUAGCCACGAAAAUUUGGUUGUCUAUCCAUCCGAGAAAUUUUGGUAGUCGUGUGAUAGGACGUCCGUCCGUCGUCCGUACCACAGAGCAGUCAAUGUGAAAUGUCACACUUUUUAGCCAGUGUGGGAGCCUGCAACCUGAUAUUGCACUUCCAUGUUGUGGGCACUUCACAGGUGUCAAAACGGGUAUCACAUGACCGUAUCGCGGGCUCAAGUGUCAAACCAUCGAGGUUGCGUGUUAUUUAAGUUCUCCACUGACAAGUUACUAAGAUCGCAGGCUCAACUCCAAGUGCAUUUCUUUGCAAUGGUUACAACAUUAUUGUUUGAAGUUAAUUUUAACUUUAUUAUUAACGAGAACUUCACCUUUAAUCUUAGCUAAAUCUAUCUUAUUGUUUACAUAAGUCGUUUUUUUUUUUUCAGAGACUCUCUUCGAAGUUGAACUCGAGCAACUUGUCAAGGAUAACAGCAAGAAAAGCCAUAAAGAGUUGGCCGUUUUUCUGAGGGAUAAAAUGGUAGAUAGUUAUCCCACUCAAUAUUGGGUGGUUACCGUGUAUGACGAUAUCACGGGUUAUGAUAAACACGCUUUUGUUGGUUUUCGUAUCGGCUAUAAGUUUAGAUAUUAUGGGGUUAAUUAUGUUGUUACACGAUAUCCUAAAAAUCCUGCUCGCACUCUUGGUGUCCCAAUAUCAGAGGUGGUAGGCUCAAUAAGUCAAAACGAUGCUAAAGACGUCCGUGAUAGUAUUGAGAGUAAUUUUGAUACACGUGGCUUAACUUUCGCCUCAAUACACGUCGUUAAAAGAAAAACAGGGACAAAAGGCUGGUGGCUUGGCAAACAUUCGGUUGGACCAGAACUUAGUACGGCACAUUCUAUUCCUGUGAACAACUAUUUCUGGAAAGAGUUUCCGGAUGUUAUUGUCAUAGUCGUUGCUCCUCGUUAG